AGCGGGGCCGACCCACCGUUCUGUAACAGCGUAGCGUCAGCGUUCUCUUCGAUUUAUUUCGUUACAACCGUUACGGUAACGUCGUGGAAAGUCUUGCGGAACGCGAGUUCUAAGGUACGUCAGAAGCUCUUUUUAGUUAAGGAAGUUCAACGCUGCUGAAAAAAACUGAACGGUAUAUGCAACGACUUUUUAUCGGAGAUGCGACAAGAUACGACCUCUUGGCAGCGCGGAAGAUCUUGAGUUGGCCGGGCAUACAAGCAAAUGCUUUGAGAGCAUUGCUAACAAGCUGCAAUCCUUAAAAAUGCCCAUAUCUGACGAAGCUUCUGUGCCAGUUAUUUCUUAUCGUCAAAAAUAUCGUAACCUAAAGCGCAAGUUGAAGUUCCUUCUCUACGAGAACGAGUGUUUUCAAGAGGAGCUGCGAAAGGCGCAAAGGAAGCUUCUCAAAGUGACGCGGGAUAAAAGCUUUCUUCUCGACCAGAUCCUUCAGUACGAGUCGAUCGACUCAUCUUCGAGCGACUCUGAUGCGACAGUAUCUAGUGACAGCGAUUCUGAGCUUCGUGUUGAACCACCACCACCGCCUCCAGCAGUAAAGAAAAAGAAGCCGUCUUCGGUGGCCCCCGUUGAGAGCGGUAACGUCCACCACAUUCCAGUGGCUAGCGUGUCCGCAACAGCAGUGCCCAGUGCAACUCCCUCUUGUUCUAUACCUAUUAAGACUGAAAUAACACCGGGCCCGCUACCGGUCACUAAUACUUCUGCUGCAUUGGGUGUUCUGCCCACGCUCGCAGCGAAGUCGGCCGUUCUGUUGCCUCCCGGCGCGUCGCUGAAUCCGACGGCUGAGAAGAAGAAGAAAGUAGCCAGGGUCUCCAAGCCCCCGCCAGCGACAGUGACGGCGCCGCCGCAUCCGACUUCGAAGCCGAUUUUGGUCCCGGGUGUUCCGAAAAGGUUAGUGGAAGCGGCCGAUGCGCUUUCUGCGAGUCGUCUGGACGGCCACAUGACUUCGGAGGAGGUGGAGAGGCACCUGGAAGCAAGGCAGGCUCUGCGCGAUUUACUUCCCGAGAAGGCUCCGCUCACAGUGCCUGCUGAGCUUUUCAGUAAUGAACCACCAGCAGACCUACUUGACGGCGGGCCGCCCUUGCUGGCGCCUGGUACCUCUGUCAUGGCCUCCACUGACGCCGAAGGGGAUGAGGACGAGCUCAUCACUGGAAUAGCGUAGUAAUGGUGCACAUCUCAAGUCGGAAUCACCAUGUCUGUGACGCUCUGAUACUGUACCGAUACUUGAGGUAGAGUUAUAUAAGUCCGAAUUAUGUGGAAGUCCACUCUGUACAAAUGGUAUUCGCCCAUUCGCGGCUGUCGUCUUGAUACAUGGCUUCCCCUUAGGUUUUUGCAGUUCUUCUUAGGGUCCUAACAUGUUUGGAAACAUUUAGCUGCCCACCUGUGUGAAUUAAAACGUUAGCUGUGCAUAAAACAUUGAUUUAAAUAACACUGCAUUUAGCUUGUUGUGUUUAGAAGUCUCCUGCUAGCCUUGUGUUUCAGGGCACAAUUUACUAAGGACCAGAAGUAACCCAUAUACUAAAGUCAGUGACAAUCCAAAAAGUCAAGGCUCUUAAAAGCAUGUUGUCCUAACUCUUGGCUUUUCAUAUUCAGAGAGUUAGUUUUCUUACAGAUUGCCGCACAAAGAAGAGGGGUGCCAUUGAUUCAGCAGUGGCACUGUCAUGCUCCGCACACAUGAACAGUUAACAUGAACAGGUGAAAUUCAGCUCACAGCACAAACUUGCACCAUUGCAGCGCAAGGAACUCUAAAAAUGAUUUAAGAAAGUGGUUAUCCUGGCUUCACAUUAAAAGAGCUUUGCUUUUAUGCUCCAAAGAAUCUGAAUAACAAACACGAACCACCAAAGGUCAAGUUAAUCUUUCUAAAAGAAAUGGAGAACAAGGUGUAUUUGGCUUGCAAAUGCAUGCAUGGUGUCUCUCAAGUGAAUUUGCCGUAACUUUUUUACAUUUUAACUGACUAUGGUAUUCUGGGCUACACGAAAUGGCAACCUUGCACCCUUCUUUGGCAGUGUGCACCUGUUCCCACCAGGUGUUUGCAUAGUUUAUGUCGUGUGAUUAAGAAAGUGCACCAGCAUGAUAUUGCAUUAUGAUUUUAAGCUUGCAGAGGAGUGCACACCAAUUGGAAUUGUAAGAUAGGAUGCAUGAAGGAAACUUUCAAUUCGCAACUGCAUGUCGCAUGGAAUGAAGCAGUUCCUGUAUAGCAUACAGAAAAGUGAAACUGCUGGACAAUCAGCAUUCUUAAUGGGAAAGUCACAAAAUUGAACUGCCAUGAGCAACUUUAGUAACAGAUAGCCCCUGUGUCAUUCAAUGGUGUUGUAAAACUUGUGAAAAUUUGUGGACAUGGAAAAGAGGGAUUACUAUAGGAAAGAAAAGCAAACUGUUGGCACACUUGCCAGCUACUGUACGUAUCUGAUGGCAUUUAUUUGAAUGAUUAGGUGGGUCUCUGUUGCUGCAUGAAUGUGCAAGGAACAAGGCAAGCUGAAUUUGUUUCCAGUGGCUGCUGUAAAGGAUUCUGUUAACAGAAGUUGUGUAUUAGGAGCCUAUUCGUACUGCAUAAUCAUGUUGCUGGCAUUACCAAAACUUGUUUUUCCAGCAGCUCUACUGUCCAUGAUUGUUUUGUGGUGGGGAUUGAGAACAUGUUUUCUAAUAAUUGCUCCAGUGUGACAGGGGUGCCUUGAGCAGGUUGUUUGCAGACAGUGUUGGCAAACGUUUAUUCCAAUGCAGCAGUGCCUAACUGGUGCUCCUUAUGACCUUCUCACUUAAUCAAGUAAGGCAAAGGUGGUUUGUUGCCUUGCUUAUGAUGUCUCAUGUAUUGAAUAUGUUUUGUUGGAUAUAAUCAAACUGUUUCUAGUUACCUUCUCCACAUUUACUGCAACAGAUUGUUCAUAAGUUUGAGUUGUGCUCAGUACUUCGUGUUUCUGUUGUCAGAAAAUGCAUUUCAUUUAUGUUAAAAUUUAAGGCCAAAAGCUGAGGAGCAUAGUGCCUGGCCAUGCUGCCAUUGCAAAAUGUGCAGAGUGGCAUGUGCUCAUCACAGCUGCCUGUGGGGAAAUUUGUGGAGGUCAUGAAUUUUCUUGGCUAUUAUCAGUGGCUUUUUCAGACUGACUAGCAAUGUUUUAUGAAUGCGGGGCUACUAAUGGUAUUGCAUUUUGAAGCUGUUUUACAGUAAAGCGGCCAGUUACACCGCUGAUUUUUAUGUCAAAAUGUUUUAUUUUUUAUGUAUGAUUGUAAACAUCAACACAAGUAUGAGUGACACUGUAAAUGCCCAGAGCAUAGCCACACAUGAAGUGUUGAUGUACCUAGUAUGUGGAGAUUGAUAGCAACUUUAAACCUAAUGCUUCUUUUUAAUAUUUUUAGUCUUUUUUUAUUUUAUAAUAUUUUUUUUGCAUAGUUGCCUUCGUUUUAUAGAAUUUUAACUACAGUGCAUCGACUGAUUGAUUAUGACAUUUUUGUGUGAAGUAAUUUUAUCUUGGAUCUGUACAUCUUUCUUUAAGGGGCACCUCUUAUGCACUUAUACAAUUGAGUUCAUGACGUACAAUGUUUUAAUUUUUUUAUGUAUUGUAAUAUAUCAACAGAAAUGUGAUGUUAAACAGCAAAGAACAUAGUCGCACUUCAGAUGUUAAUGAAUGCAGUAGAUGAAGGUUCGUAGCAACUUGGAACCAAAUGUUUUUUUAGUGUUUUGUUUACAUUUGCCUUUGUUUUGUGUAAGUUUAACACCAGUGAAUUAAAAGAUUGCUUAUGACA